UGACAAUGACGUAUGACGUCUACAUACUUUUCAUUUGACAUUUAUUUGUUGUUGUAAAGUUACAAAAUUACUAAAAUAAAAUGUUAUAAAAUGUAUACACUUUUACACGGAUUUUACAAGUAUAUGGUACAAAAAGACGAAUACUGUGUGUUGAUUUUAGGGCUUGAUAAUGCUGGCAAAACGACAUAUUUGGAGGCAGCUAAAACGAAAUAUACUAAAAAAUAUAAAGCUAUGAAUCCAAAUAGAAUCACAACAACUGUAGGAUUAAACAUAGGCAAAAUAGACGUCGAUGCCGUAAGACUUAGUUUUUGGGAUCUCGGUGGACAGCAAGAACUACAAUCUCUAUGGGAUAAGUAUUACGCAGAAUGUCAUGCAGUUAUUUAUAUUGUUGAUUCUUCUGAUAGGGAAAGAAUUUCAGAAUCAAAAGAAACAUUUGACAAAAUGAUUGCUUCAGAGCAUUUAUCAGGAGUUCCGUUAUUGGUGCUAGCAAAUAAACAAGAUAUACCAGACUGUAUGGGUGUACAUACAGUCAAACCUAUUUUUAAUCAAAAUGCACAUCUAAUUGGUGCAAGGGACAUUAUGCUAAUGGCAACCUCAGCCUUAACAGGGGAUGGAGUAGAUGAAGGCAUCAGAUGGCUGGUUGAUUGCAUAAAAAGAAAUAACGUCGACAGGCCCCCGCGCAACCAUGACGACAAGUUAUAAGCCGAUAACGACACCUCCAUUAAAUAUUACGUUCACACUUACAUAUACACAGAAUAAUAAUGAGUUUUCCUAUUAAGAUAAUGUGACGCGAUCCAUUGUUUUGUAUAUACUGU